UCAAUGUAAUCAUCCAAGUUUUUUCAACCGAUAACCCAAUACGACAAGUGCUGUGUGUGUGUGCAGUGUUAUUACUUGCCACUGUUGUUGAUAUUCAACAAAACAAACGGUUGUUUUUCUGAUUUUGUUUUGUUUUGUCCAAUGUUCGAACAUUGACUCUUGAUCGGUAGUGAUUUGAUGAUGAAAAUAAUGUUAUUUUGAAUCAAUAUUGUCUCCAAGUAUCGAUGAAUAUAAACAACUCUCCAAACACAAUCCAUCGUCGAAUAAUGAAAGGCUUAAUUAUCCAUAGAAUGGUGAUUUGCGUUCUUCUCGCCAUCAUCAUCGUGUUCGAUGUGGCACAAGCACAAUCAUCAUUGUCGUUGAUGUGCAAAUCACGACUAGAUCAGUGUCAAACCGAAUUCUUCAAUGAAUUAAAGCAGUAUAAAUUGGUGGAACAUGAAUUGAGUUAUUAUCAAUUAUGCAGUUCGGAUGGAUCGUACAUGCGAUUUGUUGAUUGCGUUCGUGAGAUAAGCGAACAUGAUGUUGAAUGCAAACAACAGCCAUUACAUCGUGAAUUGUGUAAUAAACGUGGUUUGAAAUUAUCAUCAUAUCGUUAUACACAUUGGAAAUCCUUCCGUCAAUGCAUCUAUGAUGAAGUUGAUAAACAUUGCGGCCAACUAGGAGCGAAUAUAUCUGAUUAUCUAUUUCAUAUUCACACAAGCUAUUUCAGUAAAUAUACCAUUUGUAAUCUGCCGGGCGAAUCACAUACUAAAUGUUGGUUGGAUUUAAUCGAUUCGAUACCUUCCAUACCCAUCACUGCAUCAUCAACAACAACUGCUGCACCACCCAUCACAACCGGAUCGCCAAUCAUCACUAGAAUCAUGGAAACGACCACAUUGGAAUCGAUUGAUCGAAUCAAUUCGCGCACAAAUCUAAUACGCGAGGCUAAAAUGAAAAGUGACCAUUCGAAUGAUGAUGACCAACAUUUUGUUUCGAAUGAACCAACAACAGCCAUUGCUGGUCAACAAACGUUCGAUGGAAAUAAUGGUGGCCAAACUUUGGAUGGAUCAUUAUCGCUGCUUUUGAUGAUGGUGAUAUUGCUGACAAUUCUUUUAUUCUGA